AUGGAGGCAGAAUACUCUUUACUCUGGCUUUAUGGCAGUCCUGGAUGUGGGAAAUCAAUUUUGAUGUCCCGUGUGAUUGAAUGUAUUCAUCAGAAUCAGUUCUCGAUAAAAGGCCCUGAUGCGGUCCACUUGCUCUACUACUAUGUCGGCUUCCAUAUCGAAGACAACCAGAGCACGGAUGAGCUCUACCAAGAUAUUUUAACGACAUUUUGGGAGCAAACGCUCAACGAAUCCAGGGACCGAUCGACCAAUACAUAUAAUGAAUAUUCUAGCCUCGAGGAAAUGGAGAAUUUUCUGCACGAAAUGCUCAUUUCAUCAAAACGAGAUAUAUAUAUGGUCAUCGAUGCGCUUGAUCAACUUCCUGAUGCCACGCAGGAACGAGUAAUUUGUGGUUUCAAUGCAUUAGCUCGAAAGCUCCGGUAUGAAAUGAGUAGCUACCGCCUUAGCGUAGCCAUCAGUUCCCGCCAUUGCAAUUGUACCGAUGAGUUGCGAACACGUCGGCUGUUCCUAGUUCAAGUUACAGCGGAGAAAAACAGGCGUGAUAUCGAACAAUAUCUAGAAGAAAAUCUCAGAUCAGCACUCCUUGAUGGAAAUCCACAGCUUAAGGGGCGACUAUUGGACGAAUUGACCCAAAAGGCAGACGGAAUAUUCCUAUGGGUUAUCCUACAAGCAUCAAACAUUAGCCAAAUGAAGCACGAAUCACAAGUCAUGGAGGCCUUACUAAAGCUCUCUCCCCCAAGGAUAUUAGAAGAUCUAUACAAGACCUAUGCUUAUAAGUUUAAGGUCUUACAAAACACAAUAGAGCAACAAAUAGUUCAGAGAGCGGUGGCCCUACUCGCAUCCAACAUGGGUUCAAUGUCAAAAGACACCCUGUGCGUGGCGCUAUCACUUGAUUCCCACGGGACUAUCAACAAGAAGCUUCAUCAAGAUCUGGUCAAGAAUACCUCUGCAAUUGUUACGUCCUCUGAACAUUUGAUCCAAUUCAACGAGCAUCUUGGGACUUUUCAAUUCUGUCACAUAACAGCCUUUGAGUUCUUUAGAGCAUACGAGCCAGCUGCUUACAACCUCCAGAUUGCAGAGCUCUGUCUGUCUUAUCUGCGCUCUUUAGAAUUCGGUCAGAGCUCUCUGGACGAUGCCUCAUGGCGUAAUACUGAGAACCUUGAGUCGGUGAUACAAAAUCACCCGUUUCUACCAUUUGUCUCCUCAAUGUGGGCCAUAAGCAUUCAGAAGAGUUUCAUAUCCAAGAAUAUCCUACAUAUCGAAAAGAGAUAUUCAACAGUCCUCGACUUGUUUCAGAUCCUUUUUGCCAAAACCCAAGGAGGCAAAUUUGGUAAUCUUCAAUUGGCAUUUCAAGUUCACUUGUUUAAUAUGGGCAAGAGAUUGCCAGUCGGAGUUCACCACGAGCACAUUGUUAGCUAUUAUGGCCUCACCGGGCUCUUCGAUAUUUUCGUGGCAAGGAAGUGGUUCGACGUGACAAAGCUUGAUAACGAUGGAUUAAUUCCCAUCCACUGGGCUUUACGGAAUUCGGUAAAAGGAUACGAUACCAGCUCUACUGUUGCAAAACUGAUACAAAACGGUGCGAAUAUCAACGCUAAAGACAAAGAAGGUCACACUCCUCUACACUAUGCCGCUCGUUACGGGAAUUUUCAAGCAGUGAAACUUCUUGUUGAAAAGGCAGAACUCAAUUUCACGAAUGCGAAGAAAGAAACAGCCCUCGUCACUGCUUGCAGAAAGCAUCAUGAAGAUGUGAUAUUGCGCCUUGUUAAAGCCGGGGCGGACGUAAAGGUUCAAAGCUCUUUCGGCACGGCUUUACAAGUCAUAUCCUUGAUUGGGUGUUGCCGUUGUGCCAAUGCAAUCCUCGCACGUUAUGGGGAUUCCAAGAUCAUCAUUGAGAAAGACUGGCCAUUCGGCACUUCUCUCCACUCUGCAGCAUUUUACGGUCACUUGGACCUUGUUAGACUACUUUGCUCUAAACGUAUAGAUAUCCGUGCAACGCACAAAAUAUACGGAACCCCAGUGACAGCUGCCGUCAUGGGUCUCAAACCAGGACUAGACGUGAGCCCAUUUCUGGAUACUAUCAAGAUGUUGCUCAAGCAUGGUGUGAAAGUCAAUGAUCGAAGCGGUACACUCGGACCAGCUCUCCGGGCAGCAGUAUAUCACGGAAACAGGGAAGUUGUGAUUCUACUUCUGGAGAAUGGCGCCAAAAUUAGUAAAGCUGGAGGACGAACGGGUACGGCGUAUGAAGUUGCAAAAACCCGUGGACAUACAGACAUUAUGCAUGUUUUAUCGGAGAGAGGCAAAGGGGCUCCAGAUUAUGACAAGGAUCACGACCUCCCUUGGCAAAAUCGUCAACAGGUUCUGCGGCAAGAGUUCAGGGCGACUUCCAGAGCUGGUAGCAUGGAAAUGAUCGACCGUCUCAUCAGACAAUUCGAGAAAUCUUUAAAGAAAGAAAUCCAAAAUGGUGAAACUAUUUUCCUCAAAGCAUUGGUUAGGCUAGGUAAAGACGCCUUUAUUGACAUGGUAGAGUUGGCUACAAUGUCGCACAAUGACAUUGACGUACCGACAACAAAACAAGACAAUAACCAUAUAUCACGUCUCCGAGACGAUUUGUCUGAGUUUCUUGGUUUAGGUUCUGCUAGCAAAGACGGUGAACCCAUCUUGACUCAUGAAGCUGGCACUGGCGGUGUGGCAUCACCCCAUAUUGGCCUAUCAGCAAAUACCCUCGUCCAAGGCAGUCAUGGAAAACACUUCCCACAAGUCUUGUAUCGAAUGGCUCUGGCUGCGGUGAACAUAUUGGACACUGCUAUUGCGACCAAUGACAGGCAGCUAGUCAGGUUGAUUACAAACACAUGGGCCGAAGCACUGAACAAUCUCGUCUCCCAUCCUGGGUUGGGAGAGCCAGUAUUGGAAAUGGCAGUCCAGAGGCGUGCAAACGAGCUCAAGAGACACCUUUUGAACGAACACCUAAGUUUGAAACGAAAGUCCCAAAAAGCAGAGACUUCUGUUCUGCCUGGCAUUGAACUGCUUUUGGUAGCCGUUGAGCGCGGCAAAAAUUUCAGGCACUUGUCCCUUGUUAUCUGUAAGCUCUGGAUGAUUGCAAUGAGUGACUUAGUAGGGCAUCUUGGCAAGGCAGGAGAAGCACCGAUGCAGGAACUAAUUCGCAUACUUGCGGAGCGAUUGUCGGUAGCAGUCAAGGCUGAAGAUCAACUCAAUGCUGAAGUUUGUGGACAGGCUGGUAUUGAGCUCCUGAGAGCGGCAGCGUUGAGUCCGAGGCCAAGAUUGCUAUCCAGAUUCAGUGAGAAACUGGCGAUAGAACUGGGAGCAAGUCUUGUGGAAAGCAUGGAUUCCAUGGUUGACAAGAUUACAAACAUGAGGUGUGAAGAAUACCAAAGCUGCUGCAAGUAUUCGGAACAUGAUGAAGCUCUUGGCCUUACGCUUGCAGGUCUGGGAGUACUAUGCACAGUUAUCAAGCAGGGUACCGACUCUGUGACAUCUAAGUUGCUGCCUUUUAUUGAAUCAAGGUUCGAAAUGGCUCGAGAAGCUCAUUUGGAUCGCCACGCAUCUACUAGUAAUGAAAUUCCGGUUCGCUACCUAGAGGUUAUCUUUGAUGCUACUGUCGACCUGUUUGCAGUAACUGAAGAGAUACAGCCUGGCAGCCUGAGGACUUUGGCCUUGAAAAUUUUUGCCUUUUUGGGAGUCAAAUCAAGCAACUACCAGCAACGCGUUAUAAUGCUUGUCUUUCAACGCUUUACAGAGGCUGUUCGAAUCGUUAACCCUACUGAGCAGAGAAAACAAGUACUUCGGAUUGCUAGGACUAUUCUCGCUUUCGCAGAUGCUGAUAUGGGUACCAACGAGAGGAGUCUCACUGUUAGGCUAAACCUUAAUCAAGUAACUUCGGGGCAUUUAGCUAAGUUUUUACCGACCAUUGUAAAGAUAGAGGAGCUGGCUGGAUACAAACAAGUCAUUGAGUAUCUAAAGAAGAAAUUGGAAAACACAGAAGAAUGUAAAGACGGGAAAAUAUAA